UGACCCUGAAGGUGAAUCGCAGGGCCAAACAAAUUGUCGGGAAGUCGCCAAGCACAACAUUUGCUCUGCUACAUCAAGAAGACUUUCGAUUCGAGAUCCCUCCUCAUCAAUACCAUGGAAGAAGACGAUUUGGCUGCCAUCCGAGCCCGCCGAAUGGCUGAACUACAAGGUGGAAGGCCGGGGGGUGGACCUGGAAAUGCCCAAGCCCAACAACAAGCAGCCCAGGAGAAGCAAGAACAAAUGAAAGAUAUGAAAAAUUCCAUAUUGUCCCAAGUUCUAUCGCAAGAAGCCAGAGCCAGAUUGAACACCAUUAUGUUGGCCAAACCUUCCAAAGGAGCCCAAAUUGAAGCCUCGAUUGUACGCAUGGCUCAGACCGGCCAAGUAUCCGGCAAAAUGUCGGAACAGGAUCUGAUCGGAUUGCUGGAACAGUUCUCGGAACACAUUGCUUCCCAAAAGACCACCGUCAAAUUUGACCGACGAAGAGCGGCCUUGGAUUCCGAUUCGGAUUGAUCCCAACGGUUAAAAAACCGAGUGCCUAUCUACGCUAUGAUUGAAUCUAAACCCGUUUCAAAUGCAAGGAAUGCUAACAGAAAGUGUUGGGAGGAUGAAAACUAAUCGUCAAUAUAUUCAUGAAAACGUGAAGUGAAAGCUU